AAAAAAAAACACUUUUUAUUUUAAUAUAUUAAUUGUGGUGUGGUCAAUAUUUUAAUCAGCAAUUGGAUUAAAAUAUUUGACAAAAAGUUAUUUACAACAAGAUGAUUAUAUUUGGUAAUAUUCAAAAACAUUUCUCCGGAAAAUUUAUACAAUGUUUGGCUUGUUUUAUAGCAACAAUUGCAUGUUUUGAUGAUGGCUUAUUAAAUGUUUGGCUAUCACCAGUGAUUCCAAAAUUAGUAGCAGAGGAUUCUGAAAUUCCAAUAAAUCCAGACCAAGAAUCAUGGCUUACGUCAAUGGCGUUAAUAUCUUUAUCAAUUGCAUCCAUAUUUUCAAUCAAAGCUGUUCGAUUAAUUGGAAACAAAAAUAUAAUUUUGCUGAGUUGUAUACCAGUAACAUUGUCUCUGUUAACAAUUAUAUUUGCAACAUCAGUCGCUGAAUUAUAUAUAUCCAGAUUUUUAGCGGGAAUAUGUGACGCAAUGUGUUUUGUAAGUGUUCCUGCAUACAUUGGAGAAAUUGCAGAACCGUCUAUUCGUGGUAUAUUAUCAACAAUUAUCAUGACAUCGCUAAAUUUCGGAAUUGUAAUCACAUAUUAUUUUGGUUAUGUACUGCCUUUGAAAACGUAUCCAUUGUAUUGUCUUCCAGUUCCAAUUGUAAUGUUUGUUGUUUUUCUGUUCAUGCCUCAAUCACCGUCUUAUCUAAUAUCAAAAGGAAGAGUUGAAGAUGCUAAAAAACAGUUAGAAAUGAUUCGAGAUUCCGAUAUAAGCAAAGAAUUUGAAGAAAUUAAGUCAAAUAUUGAAAAUGAUGUUUCCGUACUUGAGAAUUUUUUUAAUUUGUUCCGAGUGAGAGCUAAUUUAAAAGCUUCGUUAAUUAUUCUUGUGACAGUCUUCAUAUGGAAUUGUUCUGGCAUUAUUAUUAUGGCUAUGUAUUUGCACACAAUUGUGUUGGAAGCGCAAGUCAAUCUUCCGGAAAUCAUUCCCAUAGUGAUAUAUUCUUUUGUACAAUUUUUGUCAGGAAUUGGUUGCACUUUUAUUGUGGAUCGAUAUGGAAGAAAACCAUUAUUAUACAUUUCAUGCGCUGGCACAGCCACAUGUUUAUGUGCUUUGGGAACGUAUUUUUUCUUCAAAAAUAUGAACUACGAUGUUGAAUCAGUGACGAUUUUACCAUUGAUCGCUUUAAUUUUAUAUGUAUUUUUUGCAAGUAUUGGCUUAGGAAAUAUUCCAAUUGUGUAUACAUCAGAAUUAUUUGCAUAUAAUAUGCAAAAUUAUGGCGGUGCAAUAUUAUGUAUAAGUUUUGGUGUAUUUGGUUUGGGUGCAAAUUCACUAUUUCAAAUAAUGACAAAUCAUUGGGGUAUGCACAUAAUUUUCUGGACAUUUGCUGUUCUUACCUUAAUGGGAGUGUUAGUUACAUAUAUUUGGCUACCAGAAACUAAAAAUAAAUCAAUUAUAGAAAUUCAAGAGUAUUUAACAGCCCCAAAAUCUAAAAAAGAAAUGACAAAAUGUUAGAAACUUCCUGAUUGAAUAUGCAUAUAUUCUCGACGAGCUGAAAUUUUUAUGAAAAAAACUUUUUGUC